AACCGACGUUUCUAUGUCAGAUCAAGUCUUGGUGAAGGCGGAUUUAGUCUGGUCGACUUGAUCGAAGAUGCACGAAGCCACAAAAAUUUUGCUCUGAAGAGGAUCAAGUGCCACUCAAAGGAUGACGAAAACAUUGCUCUGCACGAAGUGAAGGUGAUGAAAUUGUUUAAGCAUCCACACAUAGUUCCUUUAAUUGAGUAUAUGCUCGUGCCAGCCAGCAAGUUCGUCCAAAAUACAGACAUUUACAGUGAGUUACAUAUCGUCAUGCCAUAUUAUUCACGAGGUUCACUUCAGGACCGAAUCGAGAUGCUUGCUAGAAAAGGGGAUCACAUCCACGAGGACCGUUUAUGGGAGAUCUUCUUUGGGAUUUGCGAAGGUUUAAAGGCCAUGCACAGCCACACCCCCCCCUAUGCCCACAGGGACCUGAAGCCUGCUAACAUCAUGUUUGCUGAUAACAACUGCCCCGUCCUCAUGGAUCUCGGGUCAUCAGUAAUGGCCAGAACAGAAAUAAAGACCAUGUCAGAGGCUCGGACCCUCCAGGAUGUAGCUGCUGAACGCUGUUCAAUGCAAUACCGUGCGCCAGAGCUGUUCAAUGUGGAGAAAGGAUCUUGUAUUGAUGAGCGCACUGAUAUUUGGUCCUUAGGUUGUCUGCUGUAUGCCUUGGCUUUUCUCGAGUCUCCUUUUGAACAGGAUUACCAAAGAGGGAACAGCAUAGCUUUGGCAGUGCUUGGUGGAAAUAUUAAAUUCCCAGAAAAUCCACAUUACUCAAAACAUCUGGAGAUGACAGUGCAGAAACUGAUGGCUGUGAAUCCGAUGGAGCGUCCGUUUAUUGAACAAGUGUGCCAAGUGGUGAGCGUGGCCAGGACAGACAAUGCAGGACACACAAUGUAAAGAGGUAGCAGCAGAAGGGACUUUGCUGGGUGUGAUGUGUGACUUGUCUUCACGUACAACAUGUCUGCCUGUGUAAAUGAUGUGACUGGUGUAGUUCUACAGCACAUACACGUGCAGUUGUGAGUGAUGUGUCUCUACAGCACACGUGUGUCUGCCUGUCUGAUUGAUGUGUCUCUACAACAUACAUACACAUGUUCACCUGCAUGAUUGAUGUGAAUGAUGUCUCUCUACAACAUACACACACAUGUCUACCUGCAUGAGUGGUAGGAAUGAUAUGUCUUUACAGCAUAUAUACACACCUGUCUACCUGCAUGAGUGAUGUGAAUAAUGUCACUACAGCAUACAUAUACAACAUUCCUACCUGCAUGAGUGAUGUGGUUGAUGUGUUACUAUGGUAUACAUAGCAUGUCUACCUGCAUGAGUGAUGUGAAUAUGUCACUACAGCAUACAUACACAUCUACUUGUGUGAGUGAUGUGAAUGAUGUGCCUUUACAGCAUAUAUACACAUGUCUACCUGCAUGAGUGGUGUGAAUGAUGUGUCUUUACGUUUGUGAGUAAUAUUCUGUGUGCAUAAGGUGAAAACGAGGGAAAUGAGGCUGAAUGCGAACAUGUGUGUGUGUGUGUUAUGUACAUUUCAAAUGAUACAAUUUGCCAACGAAAGACAAAAUGAGGAUUCAAUACAGGAUGUAAAAUUUGUUGUUUUUUUUUGUUUCUUUUUUUCAAAAUUUAAUUAUUUUUUUUCUUCACAAUGAAAUUUGGAAGGAAACGCUUAUCCUUAUGUUCUUCCAUUUAAAAACCUUUGUGAACGACACCUGCAAAACUCACAAGGAUUUUCCAAAAGAAGAUAUUCAGACUGUGGCUAUUUCAAAAGUAACCCCGGCUGAGUUUUCUAGCAUGUGAGCAGAAAUGAGCCACCCUGAGUACUGGAAGGCAGAGCUUUUCAGUUAUAAUGUAUUAACAAAUACUCUACAUUUGUAUUGAAUCCCAUUACUUAUUGCUUCUGGUGAAUCAACAGAGAUUUAUAAAUAUACACAUAUCGUCGUUUAUAUAGAGGCACAGACAUGAUUCUUUGUAUAAGAAGUUCAUUUCUCAACUUUGUGGUUUCAGGUUUGUUCCCCACCCCUGUAUGUAUGUACCUACCUCCCUACCUACAGUGUUAAAUUUAUGCUGGGUGUUGUAGUUUUUUUUUGUGGCUAUCAUGUAUGUAUUUGGUUUGCAAAUUGGGGCUUUGCAAGGUUUUUCCACAAAAUUACACAUUCCAAAUCUGUUAUAGAAUUCUUAUAUAAUCUCUAUCCCUCUCCCCUGUAUGUAUAUAUAUAUAUAUAUAUAUAUAUAUAUAAACACAUGCAUAUAUAUUAUUGUAUAAAUAAUAGAUAUAUAAUUUUUUGUAUAUAUUGUAUAUUAUUUAUUAUAUAUAAUAUAUAUUAAUAUGUGUAUGUGUGUGUGUUUAUAUAUAUAUAUACAUAUAUAUAUAUGCAAUCACUUUCACAUCCUGGCACUUUUUCCUUCUCCAUCCAGCAGUUGGGUAAGCCUUUGGUAGAAUUCUUUUGUGAAUUCCAGCAUUGUUCCUACGAUGUUUUUAUUACUGGUAUUAACGAAACACACCAUCCCAUUGUUGAUCUGUUCAUUGCCCCCCCCCCUCAAAACCGGUCUCCGUCCCCACCGCCAUCUGGUGGAGGAUGGCUAGAUAGAAUAAAUAAGCAGUCACAGAAUCCUUAGUCUGCUUCUGCCCCUGUCUUCCACCCUUUAUUUUUCCCCCCCACCCCUUUGAUUUGGUCACCUCUUCGAAAAAAAGAAACUCUUUGUGAUAUCUUUAUAUAACCUUCCAAUGUGACAAGGACAUUAUUGUCGCUGGGCUAAUCACUGAAAAUACCUAUUGUGUAUUCGUUAUUACUAUUGGUGUUAUUAUUAUUAUUAUUAUUAUUUGCUAAAAUGAAUACCAGUUAAGUCCAGGUGAAAAAGCAAGGCAUCGGUAACAUUAAUCCCAUCCCUCCCUGCUCGGUAAACCUGUAAAAUAUUUGUGGUUUUGUGCUUAAUGUGAGAAAAUAUUGUAAUAAUAAUUAUCAUUAUUAUUAAUAGUAGUAUUAGUAUUGUUAUUAUCAAAGGUGACCAGCUGGCUGAUUUAUUACCUUAGUAACCUGCUCUUUAAUGUUCCGAGUUCAAAUUCUGCCAAGGGUGUCUUCGCCUUUCAUCCUUUUGGUGGGGUGGGGGUCGAUAAAUAAGUACCAUCCCCCUAAAAUUGCUGGCUUUGUACCAAUUGUAGAAAGAGUUAUUGUUAAUAUUAUUAUUAUUAUUAUUAUUAUUAAGGUGGUGAGCUGGCAGAAUCAUUAGCACGCCAGGCAAAAUGCUUAGUGGUAUUUCGUCCAUCUUUACAUUCUAGGUUCAAAUUCUGUUGAGGUUAACUCUACCUUUCAUCCAGUCAGGGUCAAUAAAAUAAGUACCAGCUGCGUACUGGGUUGAAGUAAUCGACGAGCCCGCUCCUUCAAAUUUUCAGGCCUUGCAUGGUUGGCAGACUAUUGAGUGUCGGACAAAAUGCUAUGUGGUAUCUCGUUUGUUUUGAGUUCAAAUCCCGCCGAGGCCAACAUUGCUUUCCAUCCUUUCAAGGUUGCUAAAUUAAAGUACACUGUUCUCUCACUCAAAAUUUGUUAGCCUUGAACCUAGUUUAGAAACAGCAAGGGCAGUGGAUUGACAGAAUCAUUACAACAUCAGCAAAAAUGCCUUGUAGCGUUUGUUUCAAUUCUCUACAUUCCGAGAUCAAAUCCUGCUGAAGUCAACUUUGCCGUUCAUUUUUUUUUUUUUUUUUCUCAAGGUCAAUAAAGUACCUGCCAAGUACCGGAGUCUGUGCUAUUGAUUAAUCCAAAAUUACUGGCCUUCUGUCUUGAUUAAAAGCAAUUAUUAUACCUUUUUUUUGGUGACAGGUGUAUUAUUUAAUUAUGCGAUGUUGAUAUUGUUUUUUUAAUUUUCAUUUUUGGCUGGGAUAAAUGAUUGGUCUUGUAAUUAAUAAUAUAUUAUUUAUUUAUCAAAUAUUUUGUUUCUUUUGAAGAAAUAAAAAUUUUUUUUAAAAAAGCAGAUAUUAUAGCAAUGGCUAUCUUGUAUACAAUAA